AUGGCCGACGUGGAGAUGAAAGAUUCGAGCGCAGCCUCCUCAAAGGGCAAAGCUGUCGCAAAGACUGACGGUGCCGAUGCUAAGAAGAAGUUCGAGGUGAAGAAGUGGAACGCUGUUGCCCUUUGGGCUUGGGACAUUGUCGUGGACAACUGCGCUAUCUGUCGAAACCACAUCAUGGACUUGUGUAUCGAGUGUCAAGCAAACCAAGGAUCUUCAACGACAGAGGAGUGUACUGUUGCAUGGGGUAUUUGCAACCAUGCCUUCCACUUCCAUUGCAUCUCCAGAUGGUUGAAGACUCGCCAGGUGUGUCCGCUGGAUAACCGUGACUGGGAAUUCCAGAAGUACGGCCGGUAA